AUGAAGCCCCCUGGCCUCGUGGUACCAGCACGUGAUGGCCUGAGGACCCAUGGAGCAGGGAGAGGGGAGGGAGGGUGCAGCCCACUGCCGAGGGUGGGGGGGCAGGCAGGAGCAGCUUGCCCUGUCCUGACGGCACGGUCCUUGGCCCCCUCAGCGCAGCCGCUCACCUCUAACCUGUCCCUCCUUGCCCCCCAGCAGGCAGGCUCUGGAGAGUUCCGGACUCUGCGGAAAGGCUUCUCCCCGUACCACUCGGAGUCCCAGCUGGCGAGCCUGCCGCCCUCCUACCAGGACUCCCUGCAGAACGGCCCAGCUUGCCUGGUACCGGAGCUGUCCUCGCCCCCCUCCGCCGGCUACAGCUCUGCGGGACAGAAGCCAGAGGCUGUUGUGCAUGCCAUGAAGGUCUUGGAGGUGCACGAGAACUUGGACCGGCAGCUCCAGGACAGCUGUGAGGAGGACCUGAGUGAGAAGGAGAAGGCCAUCGUCCGCGAGAUGUGCAACGUGGUCUGGCGAAAACUGGGAGACGCGGCCAGCUCCAAGCCCUCUAUCCGGCAGCACCUGUCUGGGAACCAGUUCAAGGGGCCUUUGUAGGGCCGCGCCUCCGUGGACGUGGACUGGCCCCGCGGGGCGCCCAGGACGAGUCGCAGCCACCGCGUUCGUUUCCUGUGGUGAAUUGUACAUAGGCCGCCGCCCGCCGUGGCCCGGGCACCCUCCGUCUCCCUCCUCACACACCAGCACACGGAAGACGAGAGGCUGCCGGCCGGGCCCCGCGGCGGAGCGGCCCCGACAGCCUCGUUCCUGCUCUGGGGCCCCCCUGCCGAGAGGCCGAAGGCCGCUCUGGGACGCCGGGUCCCGGGUCACCCCAGGCUGGGCCCGGCCUUGGCGGAGGGGAGCCUCCCACCCCCUGGCUGCCACCCGCGCUGGGCAGAGGCCACUGGCAGCGAGACCUGACGCAGGGGGCACCGCUUCUCACCCCUCCGCUGUGGCCUGAACACCAGCUCACCGAGCACUGCGUCCCAAGUCGCGGACAGGGAAGCUUGGUGUGUGUGGCCGGCUGGAGGCCCCGAGGCCCUUCCUUUGGCAACCCCCCUUCCGCACCCCCAUGCCCAGCUCCCUGCUGCAAGCUGCUGCUUGGUUUCAGGCUUCUUGCCCCCAGCCCCAAACACACACACUCGCUGCAGAGUCCCCCCACCCCGGGCCAAGUCGUGCCCUAGGUUUUCGGGUCCCUCCUGCCCAGUGCCCGAGGCCUCUCCAUUUCUGUGGUUCCCAUGACGGGCCAGGGAGGUAGGAGGCUGAGCCCCACGCUCUCUCUCUCUCUAGGUGGGCAGCACCGGGCUGAGCUGGGCCUCUGGUAGCCCCCAGAGCCCGGCCCUAGCCGGGGUCGCUGUGGACAGAGCUGCACGGACUGGCCCUUAGGAGACUUCUGCCCUCUCUGGAAGGAGCCUGAUCUGGCUCUGGCUUUAAUUGGCUGUGUGACCUUCAGCAAGUCACUCGGCUUCUCUGGGCCCCUGGUGGGAAAACGAGGUCUCAGGUUCUCUGGGCCGUGCUCACCACCCGAGGCCACCGGCUUUGUUCAGCCUGGGCCUCCGUCACGGCCUGCGCGCCCAGGUGGUCCAUCCAGCCAGAGGCCGCUGCUGGCGGGGCUGGAUGGAGCCGGGGACUGAGUGGGCUUCCACUUCUUGCUGCCUCCUCAAAGGUGCUGUCACCUCCCCUCUCUGAGCCUCAGUGUCCUCCUGGAGAAGGGACGGCCUCAGGCCCUCCUCGCAGGGCUCGGGAUCAAACGAGACCUUCAGUGUAAAUGACCAUGUACAAACUAUAGGGUGUGAUAGAGAAACGUUGAAAUGGUGGGGAAGGUGAGGCCCAGAGGGUGGGUGAUCGGGGGCACAUUACAGACGAGCUCCCGGAUGCUGGGAGGUGGGCGGGCCACCGUGAAUGCUGUUGGCACUGGCCCUGACGGCCACUCGGUCCCUCCCUCCUCCUCCACUGUCCGGUGGUGCUCAGCUCCGUGCCGCAAGCACUUGAAGAGCCCAGAAGAUGGCUUUUGCAGCAGGCAGGCCUCGUCCAGGCCCGCAUGACAGACGGGGGCCAGGCGAGGGGAUGGGGGAGGCCACCCUGUUCCUAGAGCCCCAGCGGGAACUCUGCGCCCUUCCCGCCAUCUGUCGGCCAUCGGCGCCCUUGGGUCGGUCGUACACUCUCAGGGGAAAGGCUCGCAGCCCUCAUUGUGCCCAGGGAGUGCUAAGUGGGUGCUGGUGACGGCGACAGGCAUGUUCCUCUUGCCCUGGGUGUUACAGGGAGCCCUGGGCUCUUCCUGGAGGGAGCUUGCCAGCAGGUCAGGUGGUGAGCUACCGGUCACUAGGGGUAUGCAUUUGAAGCUGGGGAACACCCUUGGUCAUGGUACCAGGCAAUUCUUGCCCUAGUGGGCAGUGAGCUGGGGGGCAGAGGCCCCCCUCUGGAUCUUGGGAGUCCAAAGAACCACAGAGCAGCCCGGGGGGGCGGGGGAUGGGUCCAUUUUGGGUGGAAGCCACACCUGGGAGCCCAGUUGUCAUGUCUGGAUCAGGUUGGCUUGGCCACCACUGAAAAUAAGCAAUAAGUAAGGGCUCCUGGUAUCUGCGGAUCUGCAAGCUGACCCAGGGAAGAACAGCUUUGACGGGACCGUCCCCGCUCCGCAAGGAAGUGACCCUGUCCCUCAUGCUGUGGUGGCGUUCAGGGGUCAGGUGGAGCGUUUCUGCCUGGACCCUCCUGUGCCCCAUGGAGGCAGCAGAACCAGGCGCAGACCGACCGCUGCUCGUGUUCCUGAGCCAAGUGCAUGGGGAUGGCUUUCAAGGACAGAACUGUACCUGUGACAGCCCUCUAACGUAAUAAGCUGUUAAAAAAAAAAAAAACAGAGCCAGCAGCACCCCUGCCUGACCCCACGGGGCAGGGGGUGGGUGGGUGCAGUGGGAGCCCACAGGCUGGGAAGGGUCAGAGGAGCCUCACGACAGGGGCAGCCAGGGGCCAGGUGAGCACGAGUCCCAGCCCUGCCAGCAACACGGACGUGCGUCUGGUGACGUCAGUGACGUCGGGUGGCCCUCCUCCCCUCCGGAGCCUUAGCUGUAGAAGCUCAUGGUGGGGGGAGGGGUGUUGCUGAACUUGGUGCCCUUUCAUAAAGGUCCCUUUACGUUUCAGAUACUCUGAUUCUAGAUCUUGAAGCCCCGUGUGACACCUGGACUGGGGCUUCAGUUCCCACUGUGAUGGAUGUCACCCUUCCAGCCUCACGCCAGGUGGCCAAGCCCAUCCUGGGAUCAGAAUCUGCUGAGCACAUUUUUUUAGGGUGGCACAUUUUUAUCCAAAAGUUACUAGCUACACAUCAGUGUUUAAAGAGAAAAAAGUGACCUUUCAUUUUUUUUUUCUUGGAAACUUGAGAGGAAACAAAAUACAUACUACUGAUUUUUUUUUUUUUUUUUUUUAAGAAACAAGCUAAAUGCAUGACUGCAGAGCGGUAGAGGUGUAUAUUUUUCAUACUGUAGGGGGGAGUAUUUGUGCUGCUUUCUGGACUUGGGCUGGAACAUUCGGUUCCCGGCCCCGGGCCGUCAGCCAUGCUGUUUUCCAUGGUGGGUGACUGCCAUGGGAACCGGGGCCAGCCCCUCGCCCGGCUCCAGGAGGAGCUGGGAGCUGUGGACCCCGUGCCCGUUUCUACCUUCCACUGAACCACUUUGAUUUGGGGAGAGAAAAAGAGAUAGAACUUUUGAUAGUGUGGUAAAAAACAUUGAUUUGAACUAUUUUAGUAAAAGGAGGAACAGAAGAUUGUGAUCGUGUAUACUUUGCGCUAGAUAAAUAAAGGCUCUUGGCAAGCCUC